AUGAAACGUGGACAAAAAAAUAAAGAAGAAAUGCACAAGUCUAUGGGUAAUGUAAAUAAAAAACACUUCUUCACUGACACCGACACAGAUGGGAAAACGGAAAUCAGUUGGAUAAAAGAAUCUAAUAAAAAGACCAAGCCCAAACUAGUGGCCUACAGCAGACAAAGGAAGCAAAGCAUGGCUGAUAACUUGAGCAAAGUUAUCACAUCGGUCGGGGGCCACUGUGGGAAGAAGUCAAAAGAUAAAAAGAAGCCCAUUGAAAAUAUCAAUUCAAUCGAAGUGCCAGUUGAAAAGAGGCAGAGAAAGUGUCCACGAAGGACAGCUGCAGCACAGCCACGUUACAAAGAAGUUUCGGAGUCUGAAUCUGAUACCUGUGAAGAAUCCUUAAGUUCACCUCAUCAGAGAGACUGGGAUCCAGUGCCCACAAAGAAGAUUUGUAGGAACUCAAAGAGGAAAGCAAACAUGUCAGCUGAUUAUGAGCAAGAAAAUCAAAUAUUAGAAGUUUCAACAGUACAAUCAUAUGAAAAUACAUCAGUUGAGAAGAUCAGAUAUGAAAGAAUGUGCAAAUCGGCAGCUUUAACUAGAUUUUCAUCUCCACUGGAAUCUGAGGGAUCCAUUCGGACUGAGAAUUCAUCAGAAUCAUUACAAUCUCCCAAUCUUUCAACGAUCGUCACAAAAUCCUGUAAAUCUACCAGAAGCAUUCUGAAAACAGCAACUCCGCUAUCAUCACCAGUCUAUUCAGCAGCAAAGGCAACGUUCACCUCUGAUUUCUCACCUGUUGUGAGCCCAAUCUCUCUGGUGACUCCAUUGUGUCUGGAAAUUAAUGAAAAGGAUGUUGUUCAUCAGGAAUCUGUCAAACUGAAGAAUGCAGAUGAAGAAAUCAUUACAAAUAAGAGUAUCUCUUCUGAAAACUCAAUUGUCACUACUAAGUCAUCAAAUAACUUCACGCUAAGUUCUAUAUCUGGCAAGAAGACGACUGCUGAGGAAACUGAUUCAAGAUCAGUUAUACUUGAAAAGAGUAGAAGAGUAGAGAAGGAUAGAGUUCCUUCAUCUGAAGUAUACACGUCAGGUCCAACUCAUCAUUCCUCUGUACUCAAAAGCAUCUAUGGGAAGAAUCUUCAAAGCAAUUUUUAUGAUGAUGAGGAAGAAGAGGGAACAACAGAGCAAAGAACAAGACUAAAACCCAGAAAACUGUUCACUUGUGAUUUUGGAAACCAGAACUGUAACAGAGAUUCAGAGCUUCUGUCUACUGUCAAUAGAGGUUCUUCAAUCAAACAAAUGGACUACUGGGGACAGAGUGAGCCAAACAUGGGAGAAAUUUGUCAGCAGUUUAGUAAAGAACUCAAAGUUAAAUUCCAGAAACACUCUCAAAGGAUUGACAGUUACACCAAGUUUUCUCUCAAAUCUGCUCAGCAAAGGAUGUCAUCAACAAACAUUCAAAUCAGCUGCUACAGGUUAAAGAGGCUGGACAAGUUUCAAGCGAUCGUCAUGCAGGAACUGCAGCAUUUUGAAAAGGACUCUCUGUCUCUAAAGUGUAUGGAAAAAGAACUAUCAAAUUUAUGGAAGCAACAUUCAAAAACAUUCAGUGAACUGAAAGAAAACGAAGAGGAUAGGACACACUUACCAGAGGGGAAAGACAUACUGUUGUACUGGCAGAAGAGAGUAGCCCUGGAAGUCUUCAACGCUGAACGCAAACUCCACAAUAUCUCACUGCAACAGGUCAAACGUGGAAAAGGAAACUUCCAUCUGACUAACAUCUAG